AUGGACAACAGCAGCUUCCCUGUUCCUCACAAGAACUUCUCAUCGGAAAUCAAUGUGAACAUGAAAAUGAUCAAUGAGUUACCAGAUGAGGUUCUAUCUUACAUAGUUUCAUUCUUAAGCUUAAAAGAUGCUGUGGAUACUAGCAUGAUAUUCCGCCGGUGGAGGCACAUCUGGAAGCAUCCAAUAUUGACAAAGCAGAAUCUUGUAUUCGAUAUUCAAAACAUAUUUGGAAAUCAAUGCGAGCAACUCUUUGAUGAAUAUAAUGUUGGCAUGUUCGAUAUGAAUUAUUUGAUGGAUGAGAUCAAACAAGAAUAUUUUGUACGACGUGUGAAUGAGUAUCUCAAGCUCCUCUGUGGUAGCAAGGUAGAGUAUUUGAAAGCAGCAUUCGUUUUUGAUGAAGAGUUGGUAGUUGGAUAA